AUGUCCUUCGACCGUAGCAGUCAAUUACAGAGGUCGCUGUUACUGUUCUAUGCGUUCCUUGUCGUAUUACUGCCACAGUUUGUAUGCGGCGACGGAGUAGGACUGCCGCCAUACGAUGCAGAGUACAUUUAUCAGACAUCGCUGCAACCUCGGGCGACGACCUCUGCACCAGCUCCAAAAGAUACUUGUGGGUUCCUCUCUGGAGAUUAUGCGACAACGUGUCGGGACUACACAAGCUCUGAAACCUGCGACCCUGACAUAUCAUCCUGCACGACGACCGAGGAGCCACCAAAUACUUUGGACUGCUCGAGUCGGGCUCCAUACUGCGGACAACUCCUGUUGGAAGGCGGUUCGACAGCGUGGAUAUGCACCACAAAGAAGAACUAUAUCAUGACGGUGCUCCGAGCGAGUAUCUCCAUCACGGUCGUCGAGACGGGGUCAACCAUUAUGGCUACAUCUUCUGCAGCUCCAUCCGCUGCUUCGGCGACGGGAAGGACCUCUACCGCAACACGUUUCACCCCCAGUUUCCCCGCGACUCCCCGUCAGCCCGCCUCGGAGAGCAUCGGCCCAGCGCUGUUUGGCGGACUGGCGAUAGGGAGCAUCGCGAUCAUGGCUGCCGUGACCGUCGCCAGCAUCCUCUUCAUCCGCCAUAAGCGCCACACCCAGUAUCAGUCGGUGUCUCAAUCUGAUCCGAUCCGGUUGAGGACGGGGAAGUGA